GCAAAUCUUCCACGACUGUCUGUCACUGGUGAUGCUGGGUGCGGUUGGUUCAUGCUGAGCAGCCGGCGAGAAGAUUGAGACCAAACAAGGUGCAUCUUCUAUCCUUCUAAUCCGAAUUACUACAAACCAGCUUUGAAUUCAGAGACAGCCAAUCUGAUCACAUACUAGGGAUCGAAAUGUUAGACACAACCAGCAGCCAGUUUGACUCCUUCAUGUUUUGGAGGCAGCCCAUCCCAUCACUGGACCUGUCAGAGCUGGAAGACCUUGGCAUUUCUAUACCCAAGUCCAAGGAAGCAAAGUCGAUCAAGAGCUCCCAAAAACCCCUGGGACAGGAGGAGGAAGAGGAUUUGGAGCUGCUGAAGUACUCCACCUUCAACUACUGGAAAGAGCCCAUCGCUAAUGUCGAUACCUUAGAUUUCAGCCUGCUGUUAUAAGACACUGCAAUGCAAUUCUCAGUUCCUGCCUAAAUCUGUGUUUAAUGCCACUGUGGUUGCACUGAUUCUCCAAUCUGAUAUUGAUGAAUACAAGAGUCAUGUAUCAUGCCUUUCUUGUUAAACCAUGUCAGUAAACUGAUAACUGACUUCUUGUUUGAUUAAACUUGUAGUGCAUUACUGAAUAUGGAUGUAUUAGUUACACUACUUAGUAUCUCGCUGCCCUGUAGACAAGUGAUUGAUCAAUUGGUUGUGAAAUAAGUUUAAGAUAUCUAGAUCAUAAUCUGACAAAUUCACUUCAAGGCAAGGAGAUUUAGAACAAAUGAGAAAUCUAAAACUGUAUAAUAUUAUUGUCUGCUAAAUGAUUUGUAAUAUUAAUGCAUACAGUGAUUUAUUAGUUUAAACUGGAAUCUCACUAAAAAGGGUUUUUGUAUUGAACAGAUGUCCAUGUUAAAAUACUUGCACGUUUUUUUUCCCCAUUAUGUUUGUUUACAAAUGUCAAAUGCCAAUUAAAGUGAGCUUGCUGCUAAAUGAAUAAAAAUGCACCUGUA